AUGACGACCGUUCAGAAAAUAAAAGAAGUCGAAGAUGAGAUGGCCAAAACCCAAAAAAACAAGGCUACUAGUUACCAUCUUGGGCAGCUAAAGGCCAAGCUAGCAAAACUAAGGCGGGAACUUAUUGCUCCUCCCGGCGGUGGAGGCGGCUGGAGGCGGACUUCUGUUGGUUUCGUCGGGUUUCCCUCUGUAGGAAAGUCGACACUGAUGUCCAAGCUCACGGGGACACACUCCGAAGUCUCUGCUAUUGAUUUCACGACGCUGACCACCGUUCCGGGACUGUCAAGGUGCAUGGUGCCCCCAUUCAAAUAUUGGAUCUCCCUGGUAUUAUCGAAGGAGCGAAUGAUGGACGUGGACGAGGUCGACAAGUCAUUGCUGGUAUGGCUCGCGCGCACAUGCAACCUCAUUUUUAUCGUUCUCGACGUGCUAAAGCCUCUCGGUGAUAAGAAGCUCAUCGAAUCUGAACUGGAAGGCUUUGGGAUCCGAUUAAAUAAACGGCCACCUGCUAUCCUUGUCCGCAAAAAGGAAAAGGGCGGCAUUGCCAUCACAAACACCGUCCCUCUGACUGACAUCGAUCAUGACGAAAUCAAGGCAAUACUCAGCGAAUACAAAAUUAACAAUGCUGAUAUCGCUAUUCGAGAACCGGGCGCUACAGCGGACGAUUUGGUGGACGUCAUUGAAGGCAACAGAGUAUAUAUACCUGCUUUAUAUGUCCUGAACAAGAUCGACGCAAUAUCCAUCGAGGAGCUUGACUUGCUGUACAAAAUCCCGAACUCAGUUCCCAUAUCGUCUCGAGAAUGGAUGAAUAUUGAUGAACUUGUCGAGAAAAUGUGGGAAACCCUUAACUUGGUUCGAGUAUACACCAAGCCACGGGGUCUGGCUCCCGACUACUCUUCACCCGUCGUACUCCGACGAGGAAAAUGUACAGUGGGAGACUUCUGCAAUUCGAUACACAAGGAGAUCGCCAAACAGAUGAAAUAUGCUAUCGUAUGGGGUGCCAGUGCAAAACAUUCCCGGGGCCAGAAAGUUGGGCUAGAUCAUGUGCUAGAGGAUGAAGACGUGGUGCACAUAUCAAAGAAAUGA